AUGCUCCUUGUCGUUCGGUACUUGAGCUGGUCAAGAGAGGAGGUUGGGCCGUCGGCACGCAGGUGUGUUCUCGAGUCCCCCUUCUUGAGAGCUUGUGUCGUUGCUAGUGGGCUUUUGUCAAGAAGAGGCACAAUUUUGGGAAGAGGUUGGGUACUUUUCCGAAGGAGGCUUCAGCAUAUUGUCGGCUUGGGCUCAUUAACAAUCGCGCCACUUGGAUAUGUCAAUUUGAAGUCCAUGAUCAUGAUCUUUCAAAGAGGCAUGACAGAGGAAGAGUCCGAGAAAGCUGAUAACAAAGAGAAAACUGAUGGACCAAAGCAAGCCUUGUUCUUUGAUAUCACUAAUAUCUGCGGAUUGCUGGGCAAUGAGGAACUUGGUCCAGCCUUUGAGUGCCGUUGA